AUGGCACACCAGCUCCUGUGCUGCGAGAUGGAAACCAUCCGCCGGGCGUACCCCGAUGCCAACCUCCUCAACGACCGAGUGCUGCGGGCCAUGCUCAAGGCGGAGGAGACCUGCGCGCCCUCGGUGUCCUACUUCAAGUGUGUGCAGAAGGAGAUCCUGCCGUCCAUGCGGAAGAUCGUGGCCACCUGGAUGCUGGAGGUCUGCGAGGAGCAGAAGUGCGAGGAGGAGGUCUUCCCGCUGGCCAUGAACUACCUGGACCGCUUCCUGUCGCUGGAGCCCGUGAAAAAGAGCCGCCUGCAGCUGCUGGGGGCCACCUGCAUGUUCGUGGCCUCGAAGAUGAAGGAGACCAUCCCCCUGACGGCCGAGAAGCUGUGCGUCUACACUGACAACUCCAUCCGGCCCGACGAGCUGCUGCACAUGGAGCUGGUCCUGGUGAACAAACUCAAGUGGAACCUGGCGGCCAUGACCCCGCACGACUUCAUCGAGCACUUCCUCUCCAAAAUGCCGGUGGCCGAGGAGAGCAAGCAGAUCAUCCGCAAACACGCGCAGACCUUCGUUGCCCUCUGUGCCACAGACGUGAAGUUCAUUUCCAACCCACCCUCCAUGGUGGCCGCCGGGAGCGUGGUGGCCGCAGCGCAAGGCCUGCACCUGGGAAGCGCCAACGGCUUCCUCUCCUAUCACCGCCUGACGCGGUUCCUCUCCAAGGUGAUCAGAUGUGACCCGGACUGCCUCCGUGCCUGCCAGGAGCAGAUUGAAGCCCUCCUGGAGUCCAGCCUGCGCCAGGCCCAGCAGCAGAACUUGGACCCCAAAGCCGCGGAGGAGGAGGAGGAAGAGGAGGAGGUGGACCUGGCCUGCACGCCCACCGACGUGCGCGACGUGAACAUUUGAGGGCGCCGCGGCGAGGGAGGGGCCGCCCCGGGGCUCCGGCCUGGCCCCCUCGGGGGGAGAGCGGCCCCCUCCUCACUGUCCUGGUGUUUUCCUUUGCUCUUUCUCCCUUGCAUCUCUGACUUAAGCAAAAGAAAAAAGUACCCGAAAAGCUGUCUUAAAAAAAAAAAAAAGGAGAGGAAAAAAAAAUAGUAUUUACAUAACCCUGAG